CUGUGUGCAUGUGUAGACUACUCACCUCAGCUUAUAGGGUUUUUCUUUGUCAUCCAAAAGUCUACACUCGACGUCUCCUCUCAAUCUCCUCAAGGUGGCUUAUUGCACUUCCGAUGGGGAAGACAAAGCCCAGUAUUUCGUAUCAUAAGGAUAAUGAUUAUCUUCAAGUCGUCAUAUCGAAGCGAGUCCAUCUCUUCGAAUCGAUUCAGGCCAAGCAGCAAGCUCACCUCCAAUCAAUUGGCGGUGACACCAUUAAGGUAACUUUACCUGAUGGGAGUAUCAAGGAGGGCAAAAGAUGGCUAUCGACUCCCUUUGAUAUCGCAAACGAGAUAUCACACCAUUUAGCAUCACAUUCAUUAAUUUCACAAGUAAAUAAUGUGCCCUGGGACAUGUUUAGGCCACUCGAAGGUGACUGUGACCUCAAGUUAUUCACUUUCGAUACUGAUUUGGGUCGAGACACACUCUGGCAUUCAAGUGCUCAUAUCUUAGGACAGUCUCUUGAAAGGAUCUAUGGAUGCAAACUGUGCAUUGGGCCCUGUACUACAAGAGGAGAGGGCUUCUAUUAUGAUGCAUUUUUUGGUGAGACCAGUUUGAAUGAACUACAUUUUGAGGAGAUUGCAGCAAUGGCGAGAAAAGCAGUAGAGGAAAAGCAGGCAUUCGAGCGAAUUGAAGUAUCUAGAUCAGAGGCCCUUGAAAUGUUUUCUGAAAAUAAAUUUAAGGUUGAAAUCAUCAACAAUUUACCCGAAGACAAACCUAUCACGGUGUACAGGUGUGGUCCUUUAGUUGAUCUAUGUCGUGGACCACAUAUACCAAAUACAUCUUUCGUCAAGGCAUUUGCGUGUUUGAAGGCCUCAUCGGCCUAUUGGCGAGGUGACAAAGAGCGGGAGAGCUUACAAAGAGUUUAUGGAAUAUCUUUUCCGAAUCAAAAACGUUUGAAGGAAUUCUUUGCCCUGUUAGAGGAAGCAAAGAAAUAUGAUCACCGAGAGCUGGGAAAGAAGCAAGAACUUUUCCUUUUUCACAAACUUAGCCCAGGAAGCUGUAUCAUUCUUCCUCAUGGUCGCCGAAUUUGCCUUAAGUUGCUGGAAUUUAUAAGGUCGCAGUAUUGGAAGAGAGGCUAUGAAGAAGUUUCUACUCCUAUUAUGUACAAUAUGCAACUUUGGGAAACCUCUGGUCAUGCAGCAAACUACGAGGAAAACAUGUUUGCGUUUGAGGUCGAGGGGCAGAAGUUUGCGCUUAAGCCAAUGAAUUGCCCAGGACACUGUCUCAUUUUUGACUGCAGAGUUCGUUCAUACAGGGAACUUCCUCUUCGUCUUGCUGAUUUUGGUGUUCUGCAUAGAAAUGAGGCUAGUGGAGCUCUUACAGGAUUGACUCGUGUGAGGAAAUUUCAGCAGGAUGAUGCUCAUAUAUUUUGCAGGGAAUCCCAGAUAAAAGAUGAAGUCAAGGGUGUUCUCGAAUUUAUUCGUUACGCCUAUGAUGUAUUUGGCUUCACUUUUGACCUAAAGCUUUCAACGAGGCCAGAGAAGUAUAUUGGAGAUCUAGAAACAUGGUGUAAAGCAGAAACUGCUCUUACCGAAGCACUGAAUGAGUUUGGCAAAGACUGGCUGAUAAAUGAAGGUGAUGGGGCAUUUUAUGGGCCAAAGAUUGAUAUUAGUGUUUCUGAUGCAAGGAAAAGAAAGUUUCAGUGUGCUACCUUACAGCUAGACUUUCAACUUCCUUCUCGUUUCAACUUGACAUACUCGGCAGAAGAUGAAAGUAGUGUGGAAAGACCUGUUAUAAUACACAGAGCUAUUCUUGGGUCGGUUGAACGCAUGUUAUCUAUACUUAUUGAGAACUACAAGGGGAAAUGGCCUCUGUGGCUUAGUCCACGUCAAGCCAUUGUUUGCUCAGUGUCUGAGAAAUCACAAGCAUAUGCUGUACAGGUAAAGGAGCAACUUCAUGAAGCUGGGUAUUAUGUAGACGUUGAUAUAAGUGAUAAAACCGUGAACAAGAAGGUAUUUGAAGCCCAGGAUAAACAGUACAACUACAUACUUGUGGUUGGCAAGGAGGAGAUUGAGAAUGGAAAGGUAAGUGUAAGAGCAAGAGGCGAGAAGAAUUUCUGUGUCUUUAGCAUAGAGGACCUCCUUAAACUUUUUAAGGAGAAGGUUGAUUCAUUUCAGUAAAAGUGAGUUGCUAGUGUUUGAGUACAAGAUAUGGUAAAGAAUUUGUAGUUAAAGAUUUACAGAAUUUGUAUUAUGUAAUCGUAUGUGUGAGAAUUUGCGGGAUCUUUUUUUCCUUUCUUUUUUCAGGAUGAUCAAUAUUACUCUGGUACUUAUUCUUAGUUGUAUUUUCUCACA